UUGUGACAAUAUAAUCAAAAUCUAAACUUUACAACUCUAUUGCAAUUUAUGACAAAAAGUUAUUGUGAGAAUUUAUGCUCUCUCAAACUCAUUAUUCAGACUCGGCCACAAAAGAGGUAAUGGAACUAAUAAAGAACUAUAAACCGAAUGAUACAAAACAACAACCAAAAUGUACGAGUUCAAUCAAUAAAAAAACCCUAUGUCUCCCCAGAAUCUAAUUUCGAAUAUACUAUAUAUAUGUUCAUGCUCUUAGUUUGAAUAAAUCUUGUGCAUGAAUUUUAUCUCUCUAAUUCUAGCUAGCAACUUUGAGAUUAAAUAGAAAGAAAACAAGGUGACUAGAACAUGACGACGAGUUGUUGAGUAAAGAUGGGGGUCCUAAUUAAUUAUAUUAGCUACAAUUAAUGAAAAUGAGAUUAUAAGACAAAUAAUUCUAACUGAUGAAACUUUUAAAAAUGACUAAACAAAAACUAUACCAUGAAAUUAACACACCGAAACAAAAAAGAUGGUCGAGGUUUGUCAACAACUUGCUAUUUUAGUAAUUAGUAAAUUUACAAUUAUGGAGUGGAAUAUUAUUACUAUGAGACUUAAACUAAACUUUAUUUCAAAACAGAAUCAAGUGAUAAUUGGUCCAUGUCUCCUCCCUCUCUCGGAAACUGGGGCUUUUUAUGUUUUUUAUACUAUAUGGUGCGCAUUGAACAAAGAGAGUAAAUAGCGAGUGCUUUUAUUGGGGUUCUCACUAAAUUACAUAGCCAAAUCACUUUUUUCCAAAUAUGGAUUGGUUUGUCUCCAAAAGUGAAUUUUCCAUUUUUGGUAAAUUUACCAUAUUACUAUUCCACAAACGGCACGACAGCUUCAUCCACCAAAUUAAAACGACACGAGUUCUGUUUUCUUAAAAAAAAAACAGUAGACACGUGAUUCUUAGAGGAUGAUGGGUGACUAAAAAAGAGAGCCAAUAGCUGGCGGCCCACUUGCACAUAAAUAGCCCAUCAAAGGCUAACCGACUAAACAUUUUCGAAAAUAAAAACAAUCAGAAAAACAAACAAACCGGAGAAAUGAACUUUGGACGAACGAAAGAUUCUCUUAAAUUUACCGGUAGAGAGAGGAGAAGUCAUUCAGGGAAAAAUCAACAUCAGCAGAGCUCUGGAGCGUGUUCCGUGUUCGUUGCAAUUGAAAUUGAAAAUUGAAGCUUCAAGAUUCAUUGUAGAUCUCUCGUUGUUGUUACUCGUCGCUUUGGUCUCCUUCCGAUUGGUCCGUUGUUAUUUUUUUUUUUUUCGUUCUGGAGUUGAGAUCACUCUAAGCUUUUCUGCUGGGUGUAUCUUGUUAUAGCUGGCACCAGUUUCUGCUUUAUCUUUCCGUGGUUAUUGAUUUUGAUAUGAAUGUGGUGUAGUAUUGUAAAGGAUCGAAUAAGAAUGAGUUCAACUGUUUCGAAUCCCCAAGGGGUUCUGCAACCGGGUGGUUAUGGUGGUCAUGACUCCAGAAGUAACAGCACUUCUGGCUCUUUUGUGGGUCCGGAUUCAGAAUCUAAUGAAAACGAAGAAGCGGAGUUGGUUUCUGUCUCUUGGAACCAGGAUUCAAGUUGUUUUGCUGCUGGAACAAGUCAUGGUUUUCGUAUUUAUAACUGUGAGCCUUUCAAGGAAACUUUUAGGCGUGAGCUGAAGAAUGGCGGGUUUAAAAUUGUGGAGAUGCUUUUCCGAAGCAAUAUAUUGGCGCUUGUUGGUGGUGGACCUAAGUCUCAGUACCCUUCAAACAAAGUACUGAUUUGGGAUGAUCAUCAGAGCCGCUGCAUCAGUGAAUUUGCAUUUCGGUCUGAGAUUCGUUCGGUGAAACUAAGAAGGGAUCGGAUCGUUGUUGUUCUUGAACAUAAGAUAUAUGUUUACAAUUUUAUGGACCUAAGACUUCUUCAUCAGAUUGAAACUCAAGCAAAUCCAAGAGGUUUAUGUUGCCUUUCUCAUCAUUCAAAUACAUCUGUGCUGGCUUGCCCUGGUCUUCAUCGAGGAGAGAUUCGAGUUGAACAUUUUGGGCUUAACAUGGUGCAAAUCAUAAAUGCUCAUGAUUCCAGUAUUGCGUGCAUGACCUUGACAUUGGAUGGUUUGUUGCUCGCUACUGCCAGUACAAAGGGCACGCUGAUUAGAAUCUUCAAUACCAUGGACGGAACUCGUUUGCAAGAGGUACGAAGAGGAGUGGACAGAGCAGAUAUUUAUAGCAUUGCACUUUCACCAAACGUGCAGUGGCUGGCAGUAUCAAGCGACAAGGGGACUGUUCACAUUUUCUCUCUUAGAGUUAGGGUAGUUGGGGAGGAUUCUCAUUCCACUGAAAAUGCUGCUCUCCUGACACAACAAACUUAUUCUAAUUCUCUGCAAGGCCUUGUUUCUCCAACCACUGAGUUGCUUUUGGAACAAAGGAAGACACCAAAUCAUUGUUGAUUCUUUUCUCAUGACACAGCCAAGAAAAGGUUAUUUGUAUCCUAAAAACUAAUGGAGUGGGAACAAUGACUAUGCAGUAGUUCUAAGUCCAUAGAUAUAUUCCCUUCAUAGUAGCAUAUUGCUUAGAUUAUGAAUUACCGUUGACAUUAUUCUGUCUUCUAUUUAUGAUCUCUCCCAUUAAUGUAGAGUUGGGAAGACUAGUGUUUGGAGUGCUACUGUGAAACCUUACAAUUCAUUGCCUCCUCCUUACCUAACAUAUAGAGACUCUUG